UGGUGCAGGCGUAUUCAAAAAAUUACAACCCAAAACACAUGUCAUGACACAUGUCAUGACAUGUAAUAAUACUUAUCGAAUUAUUGUGACACGCGCGAAGCAAUACCCGCUUGAUGCAUUAUGCUUGCAUGCGCAAUAUGAGUCACCAGUAUCUCUUGAAUCCAUUGAUGGAGCUGACCCUAGCGACCCACGUAAUAAAGGCAAAAAUAUUGCUGUUGAUGGAGCUGAUCCUAGCGACCCACGUAAUAGAAAAGGCAAACAUAUUUCUGUUGAUGGAGCUGAUCCUAGCGACCCGCGUAAUAAAGGAACAUACAGUACUGAAUCUUAA